UCCCUCCCCCACCCCCUCUUCCUCCCCCCCAGCCUCCAUCCCUCUGGCUGUCAUCCGCUGCAGUAAGAUUUCCCCAUCAUAUCCGCCAAGCUGUCGGACAUGUCAGGACCCGUGCCAAGCCGGGCCCGAGUGUACACAGAGGUCAACACUCACCGGCCAAGGGAGUACUGGGACUAUGAGUCCCAUGUGGUUGAAUGGGGAAACCAGGAUGAUUUUCAGUUAGUGCGGAAGUUAGGACGUGGCAAGUACAGUGAAGUCUUUGAGGCAAUCAACAUCACCAAUAACGAGAAGGUUGUGGUGAAGAUACUCAAGCCUGUAAAGAAAAAGAAAAUAAAGCGUGAAAUUAAGAUUCUGGAGAACCUGCGUGGAGGUCCUAACAUAAUCUCUCUAAUUGAUAUAGUGAAAGACCCUGUAUCCCGAACACCUGCCUUAGUCUUUGAACAUGUUAACAACACAGACUUCAAGCAACUAUACCAGACCCUGACGGACUAUGAUAUUCGAUUCUACAUGUAUGAGAUCCUCAAGGCUCUGGAUUACUGCCAUAGCAUGGGAAUAAUGCACAGAGAUGUGAAGCCACAUAAUGUGAUGAUAGAUCAUGAGCACCGUAAGCUGCGUCUUAUUGACUGGGGUCUGGCUGAGUUUUACCAUCCAGGACAGGAGUACAAUGUCAGAGUUGCAUCUCGCUACUUUAAAGGACCCGAACUUUUGGUGGACUAUCAGAUGUAUGACUACAGCCUCGAUAUGUGGAGCUUGGGCUGUAUGCUGGCAUCCAUGAUCUUCAGAAAGGAACCUUUCUUUCAUGGUCAUGACAAUUAUGACCAGUUGGUGAGAAUAGCCAAGGUGCUGGGGACAGAAGACCUCUACGACUACAUAGACAAAUACAACAUUGAGCUGGAACCUCGCUUCAAUGACAUUCUUGGCAGGCAUUCUCGUAAGCGGUGGGAGCGAUUUGUCCAUAGUGAGAACCAGCACCUGGUCAGCCCUGAGGCUCUGGAUUUCCUAGACAAACUGCUGCGCUACGACCACCAGGCCAGACUCACUGCCCGCGAGGCCAUGGAUCACCCAUACUUCUUCCCUAUUGGGAAAGAUCAGUCUCGUGUGACCGGAUCAGCCAACCUACCCAGUGGGAACCCUGCUGUUAGCACAGCAAACAUGAUAACUGGUAUCUCUGCCUUGCCAGCCUCUACUGCCCUGGGGCCUCUCACUGGCUCACCUGUCCUAUCUGCUGCCACCAAUGCCCUGAGCACCCCGGUGCCCGCUGCUGCUGGCGCCCCACAGUGACACCCUCACCCAGAUUCACACUAAAAACACCCCCACCCCUCCCUGUGUUAUCAAUCUCCCACUUUCACCACCACCCAGUCAGGAUGGGGGAGGGGUGUCUUAGCAGUUCUCUGCCAGCCGUCACCAUAUCCAACUUAACUCGGUGUGACUACGCUUCAGCAGCUGGAGGCAGCAGUUAUUUUACAAAAAAGAGCUGUUUUCCCUCCUGUGAAUGAGAGUGUUAACAUGACAUAUGAAAUGAAUGUUGUUUAUCUGGUAUUUUUUUCAUUUUGCCCCCAAGUAUGUUUUGGGUGGUGAGACUAAGCAAUGGUCAUUCCUCCCCACUGUGUGUUUUAGUUUGGCGAGAGAAGGCACUGGUCAAUAAGAAUAUCAGCUGAAGGUAAAGGGAGAUGCUGGCUGUCAGGACCAAGAGGAUAUAUAUAGUUUACUACUGAGCAGCGUCAAACACACAACCUAAUGAGAACACUCAUCUGACCUCCCCAGGAGAGUUGAAACACCCUCCAGAUCACAGUAUUUUGGUGCUGUUCUGUACCCCAGGUGUAUGUAAACACAAUGACACUUCAACACUUUCUCUGCCCGAGUAGCUUUGUCUUGCCUUUCUUACCAAACAAGAUCACUCGACUUCUUUUGCUAUGUGACUCCCUGUCACGUCAUCCUCCUUUGUUUUGUUUUUUAUUUUCUCUAAUCCAAAACAUUGUGGACUGCUGGAUAAAAGUUCUCUACCAUCAAGGUGUCUGUUCGACUCAAGUGUUGUUGUGCGAUCUUUUAAGAAGCCAGGUAAGGGUCAUUCAGGUUCUCAAAGAAAUGGUUUCUCUAAAUGUGCUGCUUUCCAGUUCCUUGAAAUACUUCAAGAUCUAACCAAAGUUUACUCAAGUUGUUUGGAAGAAGAGGCUGACCAAUUGCUUUUUUUUCCUUCCCCUCCAGUGGGAAGCUAGUAGGAGUUGCUCACAGAGUGGACAGUGUGAUAUGUGUAGUGAAUGAAAUGAAAACAUAGGACAUUGUCAUUUGCUGGUAGGGCUGUCACAAUACCAACAAAAUGAAGUACAGUGAUGUAUAUCUUCUUUUUUUCUUUUUCUUUUUUUGGAACACCUUUGUGCUUUAAAGCCACAUGCGAGGAUUUGUAUUUGUGUAAUCACGUCACAAUCAGAGGAGGAACAUUGUUGGCCCUCUAUGUUCCUCUGCUGAACUUUUUAUGGAGCUGAAGAACAAGAUGAGGGGCUGUCAUCAACUCUCUUCACGUGCCUCUCCACAAAUGAAACGGAAUUGAGAUGCAAGUGCAACCAGAAAUGAAAGCAAAAUGGGAUAGACUCCCAUUUAUUUGAAAAGGAGUGUGCUUAAAUGAGGGAAAUGCACCCCUUAAAAUCCAAAGUAAAGUAAAUUAAGAUUAAUGUUGCAUUGCGUAGGGCAGGUAUAAUUCUUUCACUGAGACAGCCCUACCUGCUGGUGACUGUUAGAGAAAAGUUCACCUCUCAUGUACAGUGAGUGACAUUUUUGAAGAGUCAUGCAGUUUGUUGGCUUUCACCAACACGUUGAGGGAAGCAGUGGAGUAUAAUAGCAUUUGAAAGAUGGUUUCCCGUAAUGUUUUAGUGCCAGAGUUUGGAAGUGCAAGUUUUAGAUCCUGCUGUACAUACGCCUUUUUUCCAUUUCAAAACCUGAAAAUGCAAAUAAAUCAAAACAUGUAUACAUUGACCCGACAAUGGAGCAGUUUAAAUCCCUACAUCACUGUAUAUAUUUUUCUGUCCUUAUGUAGAAGACUAGUAUUUGAGAAUAUUUGUGUAAAUAAACAUGUGUUUUAUUUAUCAGGUAAA